AUGUCCAGUGGAGUAAAAAAGACAGAUUCCAACAGGUGCCCAAUCUGUCAACGCAAUGGCAUCGUGUGCACUCAUGGCAUUUCUCUCCAUCAAAAGUGUUGUCUUCCUCGCAUGUUUUGUGCAGAGGAGAAUCGAAAUAUUGCUGACAUUCCUGUUCCAGCCAAUAAGAGAGAAAUUUUUGAUGAUUUCAUUCUUGCUAGUGUUCAAGAGUUUGCUCAUCAUCUCGAAGAUCGUAAUUAUUCAAGAAAAAGAGCAGAAUACAAGAUGAAACUGGGUGAAUUCUAUGAGAAACUUCAUCGUUUUGCAAAGAAUGGAUUCACAGCAGAAUUGCCAGAUGAUUUUCAUCGUGUUAUUCAUGGUGCUGCGGAGGUAAAACCAACAUUCUAUGCUCCAACACUUGUCGAUUUGUUUGGAAGCUUUUCAACCAAUGGUUCUGUGAUGGCCAACCAUCAAAGUCAUCAGUCAAAUCAUCAACAACAAGCGAAGGAGGAGAAGGUUAGUCCAUCCAAGAUUACUAAACCUCCACAUCGAAUGAAUUCUUCCAAUGCUUCUAUUGUUCAUCAACAACAAUAUUUCGAAUGUGCUUCCUUUUUUGGAACUGUUCAAAGAAAUACUUUUGAAACUCCAAUCAUCAUUGAAGAGGAAGAUGAAGAUGAAGUUGUAAUUCUCCAACCUCACGAUUCCAACCCAACCCAAAAUGCUCCAGUUAUGCCAAAUGUCAAUGUCCCAAAUCAUGGUAAUCAAAUUGGUUCAAUGAUUGCAGAAUCUGAGCUUCCUGACGCCUUCUCCACAAGAUCUGUCAGAUCAGCAAAUGAAGAUCAAAAACUUGUUCAAAUUGAGUUGAAACAAGUUAAUUACAUUGCAAAAUUGACAAAAUCUGAUUUGGAUAGUGUUAGAGAUUUUGUAAUUGCCUUGAAGCAAGAGUUGCCAGUUUCUAAUAAUUUUACCAUCUCUGAAAUUCUAAUCCUCAAUCCAAAGACUAGAGAUUUCUGCUUGGCCAAUAAGAAAGCAUUAGCAAUUGCCAGAGAUGAAUGGUUCAAAGAUGACAUUUGUUUGAUUUUCAAAGUUGAUGGAAUUCAAAAGGAUGAGUUGCCUGUUACUAAUCAUCAUAUUUAUAUGUAA